UAACCAAAAUAGAUGAAAAAAAAUAUAUUCUUUAAAAACUUUAGACCCGUGCAUGGCACGGUGAAUUAUCUACUAUUUCUGCAUUGCUGGGAAGCAACUGAGAAUUUGUCGGCAAUGGCUUUUUGACUUUGACGUCGACUUGGCGCAGUAGGAAAAAGAUUCUUGGUUCAAUAUCAAGAAGAGAUGAUAAUUGUACAGCUAGGCCUCAAGAAUCUCUGAGCUUUUCCUUUCACCAUGUCCACUGAAUUCGCAGAUUUUGCCCAGCAGAGAUGGAGAUACGAUGUGUUCCUCAGCUUCAGAGGUGAGGACACUCGCAGGAACUUUACCAGCCACCUCUAUUACCCCCUGGAAGAAUACGGUUUCAACGUAUUCAUGGAUGAUACCGAACUUCCCAGAGGAAAGGACAUAUCAUCCCAACUCACAGAGGCCAUCAGGAACUCUAGGAUGUCCGUGAUUGUCUUCUCAGGAAGCUAUGCCAGUUCAAGAUGGUGUCUCCAGGAACUAGGGGAGAUAUUGGAAUGCAUGAACUCCAUUGGGCAGAUAGUUCUUCCUGUAUUUUAUGACAUCGAUCCUUCCAACGUGAGAAGACAGUCCGGGAGUUUUGAGAAAGCAUUUAUGGAGCUUGAAUCGAAGGCUGCAGGCGCUUGGCGGGCAUUCCUUCGGUCCUUCCCGCUAUUCCGCGAAACUUCUACCUCGUACGACCCUUCUGAGGAAACCCCACUACUAAACGGAGUCUUCAAUGUCACGACACAAAAACAACUCACUCCACAACCCCUAUUAUGGGCCUAG